AUGUCACUUGGCUCUGCUCUCAGUUCAUCGUCAUCAUCAUCCUCUCAUCACCAAAAUUUCUUUGAUUCAAACAAAACAAAGUAUCAGGAUCCUGAUGAACAUCUCGUCUCGGAAGUGAAUUGGACGAGACUUCCAGUCAAAGAUCCCUCUCAAGAUUCCUUCUUUAUUAAAUUUAAAACUCUCUCCGAUGAUCCCACUCGUACAGGCAGCGGCAGCACAUUUCAAACAACCACAACCACAACAACCACAAAUUUCAAUCAGACCAACCAACUCAAUUAUGACAACAACUCUCAACACUGCAAUGGCUUUGUUCUCUUUCUAACGAAUAUGAAAAGUGUUUGGAAAAAACGUUAUGAAAAAGCCGAGAUUGAAAAGGAUAUUUCAAACUACUGCAAAGGCUUGAAUAUGAGUGCUUCUUCCAUCGUGCAACAAAUUGAACAAUUUCUUCUCGAGUACUCAUCCCGAUCAGUGCAAGAGAAUAAUCAUCCUAAAAUUGAAUUGUUGGGAGCUGCUCGUUUAGGCCUAAAUUCAGAGAGUGAACAAUAUGUUUGGAUGGAUUCUAUUCAGAGUGUUCAUGCGAGUGCCAUUCGGAAACAAUGGAAUUGUGUGGUGCUGAAAAUUAAAGCCUUGUUGCCGACAGCGGUGAAUAUUCCUCUUCCGUUUUAUUGGGAAAUUCAUUGUGAGAGAAUUGAGCCGUCGACGGUGAUGACCAGUGAGAAUUAUGGAGAGAGUAUUGACCAUUCCUAUAUAUUAAUUCAAGACUUUGAGGAUGAAAAUUCACAAACUAGUGACAAGAAGAAACGUAAACGUAAAAACAAUGAAGAGGAUGACGAAGUGCAACAGGACAACCAAAACUCUGCCAAAUAUUUCUAUGAAAAUGGAGAGAGUCUAUUCAUUUGUAAUCAAAUCAUACGACCCUUAUUAGGGAUUGUCCAUAUUCAGAGUUCUCAAAUUGAUCAAUUGAAAUCUUUAUGCUUGAAAAAGGAGCAAGAAUUGAUUAGUUAUCGACAAAUGUACAGUAGCAGCUCGGGAUCAAAUGCACAACACUCUUCUUCAGAUAUUUUGGAUGUUUUAGAUAGGAUUUUAAAGCCCUCUAAGACUAGUAAUUUUAAUGAGCUUUGUGACAUUUCGUUUGGUCUCACGACAACGUCACAACAGACAUUAUCUUCUCAACAACAACAACAGAAGUUAAAUGAUGAAGACUCUACAAAUCAUCAUGCAACGACAACAAAUAUACUUCUGCGACAACUCUAUUCACAAUUCAUGAAAUCCUCAAGUUCAGAUAAUUGUACUCGCUCAAAUACAAAUGCAAUAGUCAGCAAGAAAAAGAAGACAAGUGCAGAACCGCUUUCAGCAACGUCUACAUCUUCAAAAACAGGUCUCUCUCAAAAUUUUGAUGUUGGUGGUGACCUCCUUCCAGAAGAGGUAUACACAGGCAAUCAAUUGCAAGCUAACGAGUCUCACCAAACCCAACCACAGCAGCAACAAUUGUCACAACCCUCAGUGGUGAACCUUUCUGAUUCUGCUCCAAUUCUACAAAACACUCUAGAUAUCACUACUCAUUCAAUUCCUACAAGCCAGUGCUCUGAAUAUGUCGAAACAGAGGAAGAAAAACGAAGAAGACAAGAAAUCGAAGAAAAGCUUAACGAGAAGCGAAAGAAAAAGCAAGCCAACGAACAGAAAAAUAAAAUUAAAAAGGCAUUCAUGUGA